AGGAAUCACCGCACGUGAAUUGGACAUGAUCAUCCAAUUGGAGGCAGAAGAACUGUGGAUACUGGAUCUUCUGGGAGCUGAAUAGGAGAGGACCCAAAAACACCUGUCUAGAUAGGGAGAAUUGAAGUGAAACCAAAGCAUCAACUCCCAUCAAGCUAUUUCUGAAGAACUAGAGUUUUCAGGCCCAGCAAUAGAAAAUCUCAGAGGAAAUAUGAAUGAAGAAGCCUAUAAGAGUGAAGGCCAGUUAUCAAGACAUACACAAAGUCCUGUAUGGAAAAAAUCCUCUUUUGAGAAAACAGAGAUAAAAAAAGUGUCAAUGACCUUCAAGGAAAUUUCCACUGGAAGGAGAAGCCCUGAAUCCAGUGAAUUUAGUCUGAGUUCAAACCUUGAUACACAACAAAAAAUUUCAAAGGGAGAUAGAUCCCACAUAUCUAGGAAAAACUCCAAAGAUAAAUUAGACUUAAUUAAACAUCAGAAACUCUUAUCACAAAAGAAACCUUAUAAAAGCAGUGGAUGUAGAAAAGCCUUUAGUUACCAGUCUAUUGUACACAGUAGAAUUCACCAUGGGGAAAAGCCUUUUGAAUGCAAUGAAUGUGGGAAAACUUUUAGCCGAAGUACACACCUUAUUGAACAUCAAAGAACUCACACUGGAGAGAAACCUUAUGAAUGCAGUGAAUGUGGGAAAGCCUUUAGUCGGAGCACACACCUUAGUCUACAUCAGAGAAUCCACACUGGAGAGAAACCUUAUGAAUGCAGUGAAUGUGGAAAAGCCUUUAGCCGGAGCACUAACCUUAGUCAACAUCAGCGAACUCAUACUCAAGAAAAACCUUACAAAUGUAGUGAAUGUGGGAAAGCUUUCAGUGACCGUUCAACUAUAAUCCAGCAUCAACGAAUACACACUGGAGAAAAUCCCUAUGAGUGCAAUGAAUGUGGAAAAGCUUUCAGUUGGAUCUCAUCUCUUAUUGAACAUCAGAGAACACACACUGGAGAGAACCCCUAUGAGUGCAGUGACUGUGGGAAAGUGUUCAGUAGAAGCUCAUCCCUUACUGAACAUCAGAGAAUUCACACUGGAGAAAAGCCCCAUGCAUGCAGAGAGUGUGGAAAGGGCUUCAGUAGGAGCUCAUCCCUUAUUAUACACCAGAGAACUCAUACCGGAGAGAAACCUUACAAAUGUAAUGACUGUGGGAAAGCCUUCAGUCAGAGUUCAACUCUAAUCAGACAUCAGCAGCUUCACUCUAAAGAGUAAUACCUGAGCUUUAUUAAUGUUAGCACAAGAGCACAUAUGCAAAACUCCCACAAAUG